UUUGAGGGUGGACGGAGUAUUAUAAGUUGCAAGUAGAGAUAUAGAUUGAGGCCGCCAAGGGACGGCCGCGAGGCGAGGCGGCGACGAGAGAGGCGGGCUUCGCUCACCAGUCCGAGCUGCUCGCCAUGGAUCCCAUCAUGAAGCUCCUCGAGGACGACGAAGAGGAUGAGAGCAUGCACUCGGGCGCCGACGUCGAGGCCUUCACGGCGGCGCUGAACCGCGAGGUGGAGGGCAGCGCCAGCAGCAGCAGCAGUGCCGCCGCUGCCUUCUCCUUCCAGCCGCUGGAUCACGCCGCUGGUACAUUACCUCAGAAAAGCAACCCAGUAGUAAACAACAGUCAUGGACAGUGGCAAGGUUCAGUAAAGAAUGACAGUGGAAACCAGGAGAGCCAACAGCAGGAAGAAAAACAUUUAUAUUGCAAAAAAGAGCAGUCGUCCGGACCUGAAGCAGUUCCCAUAGGUGCUGAUAACAAACAACUUCACUCUAAUACUCAAAUUGAAUGUUUCCAGCUAAAGGUUAAGCGAGAGCCAGGAAACAAUGCUCAACAAAGCACUGUUGGUCAGCAGCAGCCUAUGCAACAAAUAAAGAGUCAACAACCACCAGGCACAAACCAAACCAAUAGUAGUCCAGCUAUGGUGGGAAAACCUCCUGUUGUUACAUUUCAUAUGCUAAUCCCGAUUUUGAGACGCUACCUUGACAAAGACAGGGAUAUACAAGUUCAGUCCAUUUUUGCAAAGUUACGGAAAAAUGAGGUCAGCAAGGAACAUUUUUUAAAGGUUAUUAGGACUAUUGUUGGUGAUAAGUUGCUCAAGCAAGCUGCUUCACAAUAUCAAAUGCAGGCUGCUCAGGCACAACGGAAUCAAGUCCCAGGUCAGCAAAAUGAGAGUCCAAGACCGCCUCAAUUUCGACUGUCCUCAUCAGGCCAAAUGCAGAAUAACAUGGGUUAUGCAGCUUCAGAAGGCAACUUACAAAAGCCUAAUGAAACUGGUAACAUGUCAGAUAGGAAAGGGUUGCAGAUGCUACAUAGCCGUCCACCUAAUAUCCACUCAAUCCCACUGCAAGCAACCCAGGAUCAUGUGCAGCGUCCACAGACAUUUUUGCCAGCCUUAGGGGCAAAUAAUAUUCAUUCUCGUCAAUUUCCACAGUCAGUUGGAGGUCCAAUUGCACCACUUAGACCGCAGAUGACAGAUUCCAGUCAAAGAGGACAAUCAGUCCAGAGAGGUGUUGCCAGUGUUCUUGGCAGUGUGGCCACACGGCCAGCAUUGCAAAAUAAUCAACCUUCACAGCAACAACCAAACAAGGAGCAGAAAACUAAUUCUUUCACUCCAACAGUACAUAUGAACAAAGACAAUGCUAACCAACCCUCUGAAUCUGCACAGAGCUCUUUUGCCGCCUUGAAUGCGAAACAAGUCAACCCAGGCCUUCUAUCUUCAAAGGUUGGUGGUGUUUUGGAAAAUCAAUCAUCUACGUUGGCCACUCCUAAAUCUUUGACAACAACAAGCUCAAGUCAACCUCAUCCAUCUUAUGGAACUCCAGCAGAACUUAACAUGCAGAUUCAACCUAGUACUCAAGCACCUCCUUCUGGAGCAGCUUCCAAAACACCUCAAAAGAAGCCAUCUGCUGGGCAGAAGAAACCUUUGGAAGCAAUUGGCUCAUCUCCUCCACCAUCUGGCAAAAAGCAGAAGGGAUCUGGAGGCUUCCAUGAUCAAAGCAUUGACCAGCUGAAUGAUGUUACUGCAGUUAGUGGUGUUAAUCUGAGGGAAGAGGAGGAGCAACUUUUCUCUGCUCCUAAGGAAGAGAGUCGAGUUUCAGAAGCUGCUCGUAAAGUUGUACAACUAGAAGAAGAAAGGCUCAUUCUACAGAAGGGGCCUCUGACAAAGAAAUUAGCAGAGAUCAUGAGAAAAUAUAAUCUGAAGAGCAUAGGAUGUGACGUAGAGCGUUGUCUAUCGAUGUGCGUCGAGGAGCGGUUACGAGGAUUCAUAAGCAAUACAAUAAGGCUUUCAAAACAGAGGGUUGAUGUUGAAAAAUCAAGACAUCAUUAUUAUCCUUUAUCUUCGGAUGUUCGGAGUCAUAUACUGAGGGUGAACCGGGAAGCUAGAGAACAGUGGGACAGGAAGCUGGCGGCAGAUGCCAACAGAAUCAGGAAACAGAGUGAUGGAGAUGACAAUUCAGUUGUUUCUUCAGAAAAGGACAAGGCUGAGAGCCGUGGAACAUCAAAGCAUGCUAAGACUUACAAGGAGGAAGAUGAUAAAAUGAGAACAACAGCUGCAAAUGCUGCUGUGCGAGUUGCAGCAGGGGGAGAUGACAUGCUUUCAAAGUGGCAAUUGCUAGCUGAAAAAAAUAAACUGAGAGGUGAAGGAGGCGAUGGUUCUUCUGACUCACUGCCAGGUACCAUGUCGCCUCACAAGCUUUCACCAAAAGCUGGAAAGGGCUCAAGAGAACAGCAGGAAAUUGAAAAGCGAGGCUAUUUUUCAAUGCUUGGUCCUGGUGGCGUUAGAAGGUCAGCACACAUGAAAGUGGCGCGUAGCAUCAUGGUGAAGGAUGUGGUUGCGGCACUUGAGAGAGAGCAUCAGAUGUCAAAAUCGUCUUUGCUAUUCCGGUUACACGGGAGCCAGCCGACAGAACCAGCUUCGAAAUAGUAGUUGCCCAAAUUGCAUUGUUCAGUUUUGUUAUUGUUGCAUGUUCAUGUGUUCUCUUAGCCAACUGGGGAUGCAUCUUCUCUGGGAGUAGAAUGGCUGAUAUGGGAGUUCCAUUUGUCAAGCAAUAAUCAAUUUUGCAGGCAAUUUAGAAACAAUAGCUCAGCAACAAAAUUUUCACAGGAUCAGUAUGCAGGCGUGCUUGCGCUUAUUUCUUCAGGUCUGUA